AUGCGAUAUCAAACCGGGGAACACGUCUUCAACGGCAGUACUUUUGCCAAUUUGGGAAACUUGUGUUGUAUUGAGUCGAAAGCGCCACAGAAUUUGCUGUUGAAUACCAUUGUCUUGUGUCGACCACAUCUCGACGGUAUGAUCACCGAAGGGGACAAUAAUUUCAGCGUAGGUCAGCGCCAAUUGGUGUGUUUGGCCAGAGCUAUACUGCGGGACAAUCGGGUACUGGUGUUGGACGAGGCGACCGCUAAUGUGGACCACAAAACCGAUUCAUUGAUUCAAAACACAAUUCGCCAUAAAUUCAAUGAUUGCACUGUCAUUACAAUCGCUCACAGACUCAACACAAUCAUCGAUUCCGAUAGAGUUAUCGUUUUAGACGCGGGAGAGAUGGCAGAGAUGGGAGUGCCGUACGAACUGUUGGCUAAUAGUGAGGGUGUGUUCACUAAACAGGCGGGAAGAAUAUGGCACUCAAGUUGACACAAAUGGCCAAAGAAUACUAUGAAUACAAAUCCGGUGUUAAUCUUAUGGAAACCGAUUGCGAGUCCAACUCAACCACAAGUGAUC